AUGGAAAAUGGAAAUCGGUUUGUGAUGAUAGGAAGCCAGACUCACGACGACACGCGCGGCUCGGCGCACCCGCUUCUGUCGGUGACAGAGAUGCUGGUGCAGAGCAAGGUGUUUUGCCACAUGCACAAACACCAUCGCUGGACUCCCCGGCGAAGCCUGAUGUUCGGGCUCUUCUACAGCGAAGAGGGAAGCCUCAUGGGCUCCACCGAAUGGGUCGAGGAGCACAUGACUGCGCUGCAGGGCAGCGGUGUUCUCUUCAUCACUGGUGGCUUGCUCAGCGGAGACAAGUUCGCGCCACGGGCCACGCCUGGCCUUUCGUGGUCGCUGCGUCAUGUUGCCGACCUGCACCGGCAUUCGGCGGACACCUUGUACCCGGCCCAGGGAACAGCCUACGACUCGUACAUGCUGGUGGAACGGUUGGUGGACCCAAGGUUUCGCAGCAGUCGCAUGCAGGCGCAGGCGUCGGCACUGCUGGCUCGCCUUUGGGCCGACCGCACAUUCCUGCCGAUGGAUGUGCUCGAAAUGGCCGAGUGGAUCAGCUUCCGUGCCAAUGACUUCACGAACUACCACAAAGCGCUAAUCGAUAAAGAACAGCUGAGGCUGGCACCUAUCCAGCAAGCCGCGUAUCAGUUUGUCGAAUCUGCGCGCGAGUUCAUGAACUGGACCCAAAAAAUAAGACAAGAUCACCCCAUGUACGCACGCAUCUACAACGACAUUGUUAUCCGGCUCCCGAAAGUUUUCAUCACACCUUAUGGUAUCCCGACUCGGCACAUCACGCACAAGAACCUGCUGUUCUCGCCAGAAGGGCUUCCAUUCCCCGGCCUCCAGGACCUCAUCCGGCAGCGGCCCAUCAACCCGGACGCCUUUGGUCACAUGGUGGCGCUCAUCACCGAGAGCAUCAUCCAGGCUACGGAACUCCUGCACUUUUCACCCAUUGCGUGAAAAUAAAUUCACACUGCU